AUGAAUUGUAAAGUCACCAAUAAUCCUGAUCCAGUAAUAAAUUAUAGAUGGUUUAUAGUAGAAACAGAUCAAAUAUUAUCAACAUCAUCAUCUUUCCGAUUGACACCAAAUAAAAAUCAAAAUGGUCAAACUCUAUCAUGUUCAGCAGACAAUGGAUAUGGUAGUAGUAAAUCUGAUGCUGUUAUUCUAGAUGUUCAGUAUAAACCAAGUGUAAAGAUAGAACCUGAAGUAUCUGGUAACUUUAAAAUAAUAGAAGGUAAUACAGUAGAAUUAAAGUGUAUUGUAACUGAUGCUAAUCCUAAUGGUAGUUUGAGUUAUAAAUGGUAUAAAGAUACAACAACUACCCCUACAGGACAAGUUGAUUCUACAGUUCAAAUAUCAAAGAAAGGAAUAUAUACAUGUUCUGUUUCUAAUGGAAUUGGUUCACCAGGAAUAUCAGAUUCUAUUACUAUAGAUGUUUUAUUUCCACCAAGAGUUACCCUGACACCACAAUAUAGUAUUAUAGAAUCUAAUACCCUCACUAUACCCUGUAUAGCUACAUCUAAUCCUAUCAGAAUAAGAACAAAAGAAAACCCAAUAUCAAGACCCUUACCUCCAAUUUCUAAAUAA